CAGCCUGCUUUGCCUGAAAGCAGGCGGCUCCUCCCGCCCUGCGCAUCCCGCAUCCAGUCGCUAUCAGAGAGCAGCGCAGGGGAGUGCCCUGCCUCGCGGACCGCCGACACACACACAGCCUCCUCCUCCUCCUCUUCCUCCUCCUCCUCCUCUUCCUCCUCCUGCACUGAAGCCGGACCCUCUGCCGAAGAAACUCCACCGACUCUCAGCUGUUAUUGUCGCUGCCGAAGCCCCGUCUGCACCCCCCUUCAGUUCAGCCGGCUUCACGCAAAAUCGACCCUCGGUCUUCUCCGGUAGGCCUGACGUUGCAUCAUGGAGGAAUUAGACGUCCCACAGAUGAGGAGAGAAGUAGAAAGCCUACAGUAUCAGCUGGCAAUCAACAGAGAGAAAUCCUCUAUCACCGUCACCGAGCUGGUGAAGUGGAUCGAGGGGUGUGUGUGUGAUGAUCCAUUUCUGAACCCUGAGCUGAUGAGAGCCAACCCCUGGGUGGAGAAGGGCAAGUGUGUGAUCCUCUAAUGGUCACACACUCAUGCACGCACGCACACUACACAUAGACACACAAUCACGGAUGCAUAUAAGCAAAGAACCAUGCAAUCCCACGCUGCACUAACUCACCCAUUCUCUCUCUCCCUCUCACACACACACACACAUACACACACAUAUUAUUGCUAUUAUGUUUAUUUAUUGGGAGACUUCUGAAUGCUUUUAAUUUAUGUUAAGACUACUGUGUGUGUGUGAGUGUGUAGCACUGAGUAGCUUUCUAGAGUUUUGUUUUCAUGGAAUGCUGAGAAAUGUUCAACAACUCGUUUUUAUUGGCUCUUUACACUGUCAAUCAAAAUAAAGACUGUUUGGAAUUUAA